AAUGAAUCAAUAAGAUCAACUUGUAAAAAUUACCUUGAUAAAAGUGCCCGAUGGAUAUUAAGUUGAAGAAAAAAUAUAUACAAAAAUAAAAAUUCCAAAAACAUUUCUUGAUCAAUAAAAAAUUACUCAACCAAAACCUGCUUAAAAAUAAGUUGUUACUAAACCACCUCCAUAAAUCAAAUAAACAUUACCUCCUCCAAUUCAACCUGUUAAUAUCCAUCCACCUAUGCCUCCCUAAAAUAAUUUAGUUCAAUCAUAAAUGGAAAAUAUUCCCUCUAAACUGAUUUGGAAUUCUUCCCCAACACCUUAAAACCCUCAUUAAGUUAAGCAAAUACCACCCUAAACUUAAUGGUUUGCUUAGCCUCAACUCCCCUAAAUUCAUUAACCUCCACCUCAAAUAUAAUAGCCCCCUUAACCAUAAAUACCUAUACCAAUAUAAUAGCCAUAAGAAUAAUAAAAACAAGAAAUUAGAAGACAAUUAUCUAAACAUUCACUGAUAAUUCCUUCCUGUGCUAAUUGGUUUUAAAUGGAGAGUAUCAAUGAAAUUGAAAAGGAACAUUUCCCUGAAUUUUUUUCAAAUUAACAUGUUUCCAAAACACCUGAGCUUUAUAAAAAAUAGAGAAAUUUUAUUGUCAACCUAUAUAGAAGUUAGCCAAGCACAUAUUUAACAACAAUUGCAUGUAGAAAAGUCUUAGCAGGUGAUGCAUGCACAAUAUCAAGAAUACAUGGAUUUUUAUAAUAUUGGGGUUUAAUAAAUUAUUCUGUUGAUCCAGAUACAUGUCCAAAUAAAGUAUUACCUCAAUAAGCAUUGACAAAGGGUCUAUAUAGAACCUUAUAAUUAAAUGCAAAAGAUGAGCUUGAUGAAAAAAGUGACUUAAAUUAAUAUGAGAUAACCUUGAUUAAUGCCAUCAAAAUAUUUUCUAAAAGAUAUAGGUAUAAAAAAUAUUAAAAUUAGACCUGGUUGUUCUUUUUGUGGAAUAUUAUGUGGGCUAUAAUGGUAUUCUGAAAAAGAGUAGACUCAAAAAGAGAAGUAAGAUUAAGAUAAAGUAGAGAAUGUUAAAGAAGUUGAAAAUAAAUAGAAAAAUUCAAUAAAAUUAGAUUUAUGUAUGAAGUGCUUCUCUAAUAAUAAUUUUCCUAACAGUUUGACAUCAGAAGAUUUCUAACUAACUAAUCUUGAGUAAAAGUUUUAAUAAUUGCAUAUCUUAUCUGAUUAACCUAGAUCUAUUUUAAAUGAUUAAGAAGUGAGCUACCUAAUUUCUAUUAUUCAAGAAACUUCUGAUUCAAAUUGGGAAAAAUUAGCAUAACAAUUAAAUUAAACCUUUUCAACUUCUCAUACUGAAGAGGAAUUGAUUCUACACUUUCUUUAAUAUCCUAUUGAUCAUUUAAUAGAAAUUGAUAAAGUGAUAGAUUCAAAAGAAUGCUUAGAGAAAUUAUCAAUUAAUGAUAUAUCAAGUAGAAUAGCUUUUGAAGAAGUAUCUUUAUUUUUAAUUUUAGCCCAAUGUUUUUAGUGAUUAAAAAAAUCUUGUUAGCUUUCAUUUAUCAAUUUUCAAAAAAUUAUUAAAUAAUUUAAAUAAGAAAGAUUCAGAAUAAUUUCUAAAAUUAGAUGAAGUGAAAUCAAAUAGCAACAAUGAAGAUAUUAUUGAAGAAGAAAAAAGAGUGAUUUAAAUGAAUUAAGAAACUUUAGAAAGGGCAAAAUCUUUAUAAAAAAGAGAAGAAGAGAAAUUGAAUAAUCAUAUUAAUCUUUUAAUAAGUUUGUAGAUGGAAAAACUAGAACAUAAACUCACCUUUUUAGAAGAAUACGAAAAACUAAUACUAUAUGAAAAGCAAUAAUUAGAAAUUUGUUAAGUAAUCUAAAAAUCAUAUUUCUAGAAAUAAACGUUGGCAGAAAGACUGGUAAUAGUAUAAUAGAAACUGUAAUAUUACUCGGAUAAUAAUUAAUGAU